UCGUCAAUCAUACUAAUUUAUAGCGUUUGAAUUUCUUAAAUCAAUGUCCAAACUGAGAAAUUCUCCUUUCAGUAGUGAUUUCCAUCUUAUUAGUAUACGUGGAGACGGAAGAUGCUUGUUUCGUUCUAUUGUUCAUGGUGCAUGUUUGAGAGCAGGAACUCCAAUUCCGAAGGAGAAUGUUAUGAAGGAACUUGCUGAUGACCUCAGAUCCAAGGUUGUGAAUGAGUUGAUCAAGAGAAGGUCUGAAACUGAAUGGUUUCUUGAAGGUGAUUUUGAGACUUAUAUCUCACAUAUGAAACAGUCACAUGUCUGGGGAGGUGAACCAGAACUAUUUAUGUCUUCUCAUGUCCUUCGGGUGCCUAUCAGAGCUUAUAUGAAAGAUAAAAAGUCGAAUUCUAUAAAAGUAAUAGCAUAUUAUGGACAAGAGUAUGGGAAGGAAAAUCCAAUUAGUGUUCUUUAUCAUGAUUACGGACACUAUGAUCUUUUGCAUUGAAGGUACAAGCUUUAACAUUGGUUUUAAACUAUAUGAUGUUACUCACGCCUAGCAUGUGUCGUUGAGGUGGCCUAACCCAACACACACAGUUUUAACACUAGUUAUAAAAAGAAAACUUAUGGUAUUAGACAAUGAUUGUCACACUUACAAAAUAGCUACUCGAUUUACUAGCUAUCAAAUAUCGAUAUGUAUCAAAUGUUGCUUUGAAAACAAAAUAAUUUAAGCAUUCUUUAAAUAUAUACCACUAUGGUAUAAGCAUUAUGGUAACACCCAUUUUUUAUAGCGGUUACAUAGAUUGCUAAAUUAUGUUUAUUUACUAUGUUAUGAGUGGGUAGCUUCCAUGAAAUAUGGGGUAAAAAUAUGCAGGUGUCAUAGUCCUGCUUUAGAAAUGUGGGUCUUGAUUUGUUGUCUUGAUGACCCUUUAUGAAGAUUAGUGAUUAUUUGAUCGAGUGGAGUUCUAAGGGACAUAUUUGGUGAGUUAUGAUGGGAACAUUAAUAUUUGAGUUUCAUAUGGUUAGACCACAAAUCAUAUUGGUGAUAAACCUAUUAGUAAUGGCUGUGUUGUAUUGGAGGAGAAAACAUGACAAUAAGGUUCAUAAGGAUAGGACUUAUGCUUUAGCCCCUGAGGUUGAUAUCAGGAGUGGCCACCUAGAGCCUUGAGAGCAUUAAACGUACCUAAAUGAUUUUUUGUUUGAAUUAAUCAUGGAUUAAUGUUUAUGAGAAUAGAAAGCAAGAUGUGGAUGGGUGAUGAGGAGUGCUAUAAAGUCGGUGUGUACACAAUGUACAUGGUGGUGUAGACAACUAAGACUUUCUUGAGCUAUGAUACAACACUUCUUUACUAUUGUCCAACAAUAUACCCAAACAUGAAUCAGUUCUCAUCCUCAAAAGAUUUCUCACCCUUGUGUGGGGGUGCUACCGACCUAACAUCUCAAAAUUUAUUGUGUAUAGUCAAUCUAGAUUACAUGUCAUAAUUUCAAACCAAUUGUAUCAUCGGUACAUAUAACUAUAUCAAAUACUACUUGUUGGAGCUAUGAGAUAUGAGUUAUUGUCAGUGUAUUAGAAUUAGCAAUGUAUGAAGUACGAGCUAUUGUCAAUAUAUUCCCUAACCACAAG